CUGCUCACCAGUACAGCACCUUGGAGGUACCACACUUUACCACCCUCUUUGUCUCUUUUGAAGCUCUGUUCAUAGGCUUAGAAGGUCUUGGCUGUGACCCAGAAUUGCAGUCAUGGCACCUAAAAAGAAGAAUGUCAAAAAGAACAAAGGGGACAUUAGUGAGUUGACCAUCAUCGUUGAGGAUGGACAGUUGAGCAAAUUAAAUGGGUUAAACACUCUUAUAGAGAGUGGAAAUGGAUUCAGCUGCAUCUCCACUGAGGUAACAGAUGCUUCCUAUGGGUCAAAUCUCAUGGAAGACCUGAGCAAGAUGAGACAAGAAGGCUUUUUGUGUGACUUGACCAUUGCCACCAAAACAAAGUCUUUCAGUGUUCACAAAGUGGUGAUGGCUUCCUGCAGUGAAUAUGUUCAUAAUGCACUGAAGAAGGAUUCCUCCAUCCAGAGACUGGACCUCAGUGAAAUAUCCCCAGUUGGCCUGCCCACAGUUAUUACAUAUGCUUACUCAGGGAAGGUUGCCUUGUCUUUGUAUACCAUUGGUAGUACCAUUGCCACUGCAAUCUUUCUCCAAAUUGAUAGCCUUGUAAAGCUGUGCUGUAACUUUUUAAUUCAGGAGAUCAAUGUGGAAAAUUGUAUGUAUGUGGUCAACAUUGCAGAUACCUAUGGACUAAAAAACACCAAAGAGGCUGCACAAAAAUUCAUGAGGGACAGUUUCAUUGAAUUUUCCGAAACAGACCAGUUCUUGAAACUGGCCUACGAUCAGAUCAACAAUCUUUUGUCGGAUGAUGCCCUACAGUUGCCAUCUGAAGUCACAGCAUUCCAAAUUGCAAUGAGAUGGCUGGAUUUCGACCAAAAGAGGAUGAAAUAUGUAGCUGAUUUACUGUCCAACGUCCGUUUCGGUACAAUCACAGCGCAAGACCUGGUGAACUUUGUACAGACUGUGCCUAGGAUGAUGCAAGAUAGUGAAUGCCACAAGCUUCUUGUGGAUGCCAUGAAUUACCACUUACUUCCAUAUCAACAAAACAUGUUGCAGUCAAGAAGAACAAAGGUGCGUGGUGGCCUCAGAGUCCUAGUCACUGUGGGAGGACGUCCAGCCUCAACUGAAAAGUCCCUCAGCAGAGAUGUAUUGUACAGAGAUCCUGAGAAUAACUGGAGUAGGCUGACCGAAAUGGCUGCCAAGAGUUUUAAUCAGUGUGUGGCUGUCAUGGAUGGAUUCCUUUACGUGGCUGGUGGUGAAGACCAGAAUGAUGCCAGAAACCAGGCCAAGCAUGCUGUCAGUAACUUCUGCAGAUAUGACCCCCGUUUUAACACUUGGAUCCAUUUGGCUAACAUGACCCAGAAACGUACCCACUUCAGCUUGAAUGCCUUCAAUGGCCUCAUUUUUGCAGUAGGGGGUCGCAAUUCAGAUGGCUGCCAGUCUUCAGUUGAGUGUUAUGUGCCUACUUCCAACCAGUGGCAGAUGAAGGCACCCCUUGAAGUGCCAAGGUGUUGUCAUGCCAGUGCUGUCAUUGACGGGAAGAUUUUGGUCAGCGGCGGCUACAUUAAUAAUGCAUACUCACGCUCUGUGUGCGCCUAUGACCCAUCAAGUGAUAGCUGGCAAGACAAAGCCAGCCUCAGCACCCCACGAGGGUGGCACUGCUCUGUUAGUUUAGGUGACCGUGUCUAUGUCAUGGGCGGCAGUCAGCUUGGAGGUCGUGGGGAGAGAGUUGAUGUUCUGGCAGUUGAAUGUUAUAACCCACACACUGGGCAAUGGAGCUACUCUGCACCCCUACAGACAGGGGUUAGCACUGCAGGUGCUGCUGCCCUCAAUAAUAAGAUGUACCUGCUUGGGGGCUGGAAUGAGAUUGAAAAGAAGUACAAGAAGUGUAUCCAGUGUUACAACCCCGAUCUCAAUGAAUGGACUGAGGAGGAAGAGUUGCCAGAAGCGACAGUAGGCAUCUCAUGCUGUGUUGUUACCAAACCGAGCCACAGAACUCGGGAGUCUAGGGCAAGCUCUGUGUCAUCGGCUCCAGUCAGCAUUUAAAAGUUCACAGUGGAAGGGAAAGUUAGGAGUUAAUCAAUUAGCCAAUCAAGUGCUACCAAGCCAUAUAAGUGUGGAAAUUGCUGAAGAUUCUAAACAUAAAUUUCCAAAGUAAACUUUAUUGCUUUUGUCAUCUUUAAGUAUGUAUUUAAUAAUAUAUCAUUUUAAAUGUGCCCCCACCCCCCCAAUAAUUUAUGUAUUUAACAAAAUGUGUAUUUAAAUACCAUGUGCACACAUUCUCAAUUUGAAUACAUCACAUUUAUAAUAGAUCCUGUAUAGUUGAUAACCAAUCCUCUAAAUGUUAAGGAAAACAACAGGAAUGUAAAUAAAACAAAAAUGGUCAAUUGGAUCUACUAAAUGGAGUGAUUUCAUAAAAGAUUAAACAGAAUUGAAAGUUCUAAAACAAAUGUCCUAUUAACCACCUAAUUUGUUUAUGAUCUUUAAAUGUCUGAGAGAGUCGUCCACUAUUUAAAAUUUAAUUUAACAUAAUUGAUAACUGUAAAGUUAUUUAAAUUUGAUAUAAGAAUACAAAAAAGGGAACAUAAACAUCUUUAAAAAAUGUGUAAAAUAAGUUUCUGUAUUUGUAAGUUUAGAAAUAAAAGUUGAAAUAACUUUAUAGAGGUUAGGUCUGUGUGGAGUUUUAAAAAAAAAAAAAAAAAAAAACAGAAUGUUUCAACCAAAGCAACUUUAACUAUAAUACCAGUAAGGAAAUAUUAAACAAGGCAAUUCAUGUAUUGUACAUGACUGUAGAAUGCAUCAAUGUACAUUUUAUAUAGUCCAUGAAGUAUGUAUCUGUACGCAUUUUAAAGUUGUUGUAAACACAAAAUGCAUUUUCAAUUUGGGGCCAAUAAUAUGUAUAGCUUUUAUCAGCCCUCUGUUAAAAAAUAAAAAAUAAUAAAAAAAUGCCCAUCCCAAGUUGUAUUCUAGCAGACGACAACAGCUCCAUUGUGCUGUGAGUAAUUACAUUAUGUGUAAUGGAGAAGGGUGUUUUGAUCUUCCUAUUUACUCACGUGUAAAGCCAGGCCUUUUAUUGCUGUAUGUAAACUGUCGUCUGAUCAUCCAAGGCCAGGUAAUCAUCAGCGCCCUCUGCUGGUGAAAAAAAGGAAUCUAAUAUCUGUAUGCAGUUCUGAGCCAGUCUAACCAAUAUACUGUACUGUAUAAAGGUUACUAAAAUGCGGGUUUCCAAAUAAUGGAAAAGAGAAACGUGUACAUGUAUUUGAGGUGUUGCUGUUUAGUGUUUGAGAUUUAUUGUUUUAUGAAAUUAAAGGGAUUUCACUGCAGGCUGCCCAUAGGGAAUUGUGCAUAGCUUUUUUCAGAAUGUAAAGAUUAAUUUAAAAAUGUGGAGCGUUGUAAAAAGCUAAAGAAAUACAGGUAUUCGAUUGGAGCUGCUUGGAGUGGAAGUAGUUUACUGCAGCUACACAAUACACUGCACAUUACUGAUUAAAUACAGUGUAGCGAUGGUAACCAGGGGCCAAAUGGAAAUAGAAUGGUAUAUAUAGAGAGAGAUGUAGUCUACCACUGGGCCACAAAGGAUAUGGACAACUUCUAUCCGGUUACCUUUCAUACGAUCUGUGACAACUCACAUUGUUUUAACUCUGUCAUGCUGCAAUGAUCAUUUGAAACGCAUGCAGAUACUACUAAGCGGGGACAGUAGUAACACAUCAGGCAAACCCAGACUAACGAUGGUGGAUUUUAAUGCAGUACAAAUGCAGAGGAACACGUUUACAGCUGCUGUAAAGUUAAUUAAAAUCAUAGAAUAAAAUCAUUAAAAUAGACCCCAUUGUGUGAAUCUGAGUGCUGUGUGAACGAAGGGGAAAACCAACUGCCCUGCAGUGAUCAUCCUGCUACUGAACUCCUUUGUUGUAGUACUGUUAAUAGCCUUCAUUCUUCAUUAAAGCUUUAUCCAUACAAGAAAAAACA